UGUGCCUCGCCGUAUUCCUCGACGCUUCCCUCCCUGCCUGUCAGAAGACUUUGAAGCCUACGAUAGUCGAUAUGUGCCUCGACAUUUUCCUCAAAGCUUCCAGUGGCUGUCUGCCCGAGGCAUCCGAGACCUACGACAAGCGACAUGUGCCUCGAUGUAUUCCUCGUCGCUGCCUGUCAGAAGUUUAUGAAGACUGGGAUGACCGACCUAUGUCUCGAUGUUCCCUCGACGCUUUCGAUCGCUGCCUGCUCGGAGGGGUUUGAAGCCUGGGACGGUAAUCAUGUGCUUGCACGCCUGUCCACAAUACAAACGAUUCUGUUACGUGGAGCUAUUAUCUCUGCUAUCGUCUGCGUCGUUACUACAGCACCCCCGGUUCUGUUCGUCAUGCUCAUCCUCGUAGCAAUAGCACCCGAGACAUUCUCGGACUUGAUCUUUGGUCAUGGCACGACGCAUGUCCAAGUCGACGCGAAUAUCACGUACGAUCAACCACGCACUGCAAGUCAACACGCGCGUCGAACAAGUCCGACUCGAGCAAGCGCGCGCGACGGCCAUCCUCCAAGCCCACCACGUCCUCAGAGCCCUGAGUACACAUGGGUUCGUCGAUACAAUUCUCCGCGACCAGCUUCCGUAGAUGCAUCCUUUGCUGCCCAACAACCUUACACAUGGCGAACUGGGUCUGGCUAUGUUGCUACAUACACGAACAUCGCGGCCUCCACACCUCCGUAUCUCCCACCAGCCACAAGAUCAGAGCCGACGCGCCACCAUUCUCGCGGCCCAAACUCCCCUAUUUUCCGAAACGUGCCAUACUCCUCCAUGAACCCUUCGCCGCCGAGAUACCCGCCUUCACCAUCUCCGCCACGCCAUCGCCGACGUGAGCGUGUCGACUCGGAUGUGUCUUGGGAUAACGACGAUCGUCUCCCUCCUGCUCGUCCGCGCGAACCUGACAGUCCAAGUCGUCCAGAGCACUCGAGAAGGAUCACGGCUGAAUCUAUGCCAGGUCUGAUCGUCAUGGUUGACGAAGAGUCUGAGCAUGAGCAUGAGUCUGAGGAUGAGGUGUUGCCGAUAUAUGAGCGGCCGCCUGAGUAUGAUGAUGAGAGACAUAGUCGGAGUUCAUCGCAAUGAUUGCAGGAUUUGAGCUUGGAUAUGCUAUCUUGCUUGGGGGUUGCUAAGAUUGGUCAAAGGAGUCAGUAUGGGAUGAGUUGAGAAUGUUCAAGCAGGGACAUUUCAGAUGACAAGAUCGAAUGG